AUGGACGCCAACGCGCCUAUCACCUUUGUCCACGAUGCGCAGGCCCAACUUUGGGUCGACAAGAUGAAAUAUACCCACAGCACGGGCCGUCUCUGCCCUGGUGUCUCGACGUUCCCUUGUAAGAAGCUUUCUUGCAAACUCAAAGGUACCUUUCACAAUGGCGCAUUCAAUGCCGGUGUGAAGAUGGUUUUCAGCGACAGCACGGCUUCCAUGGUUCGUUCCUCUCGUCGUGGCAAGACCUGUGACGAUUACGCCGACGAGAAGAACCUGCUCGGUCUAGGUCCAUUUAUCAUGAUGAACUUCAUUGACGGUGUGAGCGCUAGCAACGUUCUUCGGGACCCAAGUGCCGAGCAUCCUACCAAGCUCUUGAUGGAGGGUAUUAGCGAUACCGUUAGCGAACUUUCAGCUUCGAGUGGUCAUGCAUCGGACCCGCUAAGCUAUCCGGCUCGGCACCAUGGUGGCUUCUCCAAGAACAGACCCACCAACUGCGGGUGGGAUUGCAAUACCGAUGGUAAAGAGCCGCCGGGCAUUGUCUCCCGGUACUUUAAAUACCUAGAGAUAUUUAUGCAUGUUUUGGAAGAGGAAGAGGCAGAACUGCCAGGACGUGAAGAGAAGGAGCUCUCUAGUCUGGUCAAAUGGUCGCAGGCCUCGGGGGCUAUGUGGCUGCAUAUUCUCCUCUUACCCGGCCUCAACGACGAAUACAUCUUUCCUUUUAUACUGCUGCGCCGACACUUAUUAGGGACUGCUAAACGGGCUGAGCGUGAGAAGGUAUUCGACAACGCAGAAGAGCUUGAUUUAUUCGCAGCGCGGAAGGUAGGCGAAUUGGAUGAGUACUAUAAAGCCUUGGAGAAAAGAGAUAAGGAUAAAGAGCUUGUGGACAGUGGGAAAAUGACCAAUGGGGAGUUCGUUUCUUUCUUUCUUGCUAAUAGCAAACUUAUUCGUAUUUAA